GGUGUCGCCAUUGCACUUCUGACAUGUUGACUUCCGGAUGAAAAAGGAAACAAAGCUCCAAAGAGGCUCAUGCUAACAACACGUCAAAUGCCGCACGGCCGUCUCGCUAUGUAGUGAAACACAGCAGCCGCUGAACGCGUUUAGGAUCAAGCGCCCGUGGGGACACUUGCGUAGGCUCCAGCAGGCGGCCUCUAAGGCGCCAAAUCGAUGCACCAAAGGACGAUGCAAGCAGGCGACCCCGGGCUAGCCAUGGCAGUAGCAGGUUCACAGAGCCGCUCAGAAGACGAAGAGAUCCUUGGUGUAAAAGACGUGAAAAGGACAGCAACACAAGCGUUCGGUGGCGGCGGCGUCCCCAAACGCCGAAGUUCGUCCAGAUCAAUAAAGAGGAAGAAGUUUGAUGAUGAGCUGGUGGAAAGCAGCCUCGUCAAGUCCUCGAGUCGAGUUAAAGGUCCCCCUCUCAUGGAACCUAUGCGCUACUUUGGAAGUGAACCUUCAUCCAGCGAGAAGAAAAAGGUGGCCAAAGCUGGACCGACUUUGAUGCCGCCUCUCGCAAUGGUGCUAAAUCCUUCUCCAAUAAGCAAAAGGAUGAAGAAAAGCAAACAGCCGCUACACGUUACAAAAGACCUGGGUCGGUGGAAACCUACCGAUGACCUGCUGCUUAUUAAUGCCGUGUUGCAGACCACAGAUCUCACAUCAGUUCAUUUGGGCGUCAAGUUCAGCUGUCGUUUCACUUUGCGGGAAAUUAAAGAGCGGUGGUACGCGCUCCUCUACGACCCGGUUAUCUCCAAACUCGCGUGGCAGGCUAUGAGGCAGCUUCACCCAGAAGCCGUGGCAGCGAUACAGAGCAAAGCGCUCUUCAGUCAGGCUGAGGAAGCGCUGCUGGCCAAGAUCGGUUCAUUUGUCCAUAAGCAGACCAGCCAGCCCAAACUCGACUUGUUCCAGGAGCUUCUGAGUAAACACCCAAGUGUCUUUCACCAGUCCCGCACGCCGAAAAGUCUGCUGGUCCACUGGCAGCUUCUGAAGCAGUACUACCUACUGAACGACCAGAGUGUCCAGCCACUCCCAAAGGGCGACCAAGUCUUGAACUUUUCGGACGCAGAGCAAAUGGUUGAUGACGUCAAGUUAAAGGAGAGCAGAGACGAGGUACUGGAACACGAACUAAUGAUAUCUGACCGUCACCAGAAAAGGGAGAUCCGACAGUUGGAGCAGGAGUUGCCCCGCUGGCAGGUUCUUGUGGACAGUAUUACAGGAAUGAGCAUGCCUGACUUUGACAACCAGACGCUGGCCGCUCUCCGAGGACGAAUGGUGCGCUACCUGAUGAGAUCGCGGGAGAUUACACUGGGCAGGGCGACCAAAGAUAAACAAAUAGAUGUGGAUCUCUCCUUGGAAGGACCCGCCUGGAAAAUCUCACGGAAACAAGGAAUUAUUAAGCUAAAGAACAACGGAGACUUCUUCAUCGUCAACGAGGGAAGACGACCCAUCUACAUCGAUGGCAGACCGGUCCUGUCGGGCAACAAAUGGAAACUAAACAACAACUCGGUGGUGGAGAUUGCGGGACUGCGCUUUGUGUUCCUUAUAAACCUGGAACUCAUCUCCCUGAUCAAAGCUGAGGCCGCCAAGAUGACCCAGCAGUGAACUCCUCACAACCAAUGGAAGUGCCGUUUGCAGGACGCCACAUGGACAUAAUGUACAGUUACAAACUAUUUUAAUUCCAAUCAGCAUAUUUGUGCAGCUCUUGGAACUGCAUCAGUUUCUGCGGAUCUACCUAAUGUAGUGUCCAAGGUUAACAAGUGAUGUUUUUUAACAAUGAAAUAAUAAUAAAUGACAUUUGUAACACACUUUACAUUUGUUAAAAUAUCAAAGUGCUACAAAGAAUAAAAAAAAUUAAAGCUGCAAGCAGCGUUGGUCGGGUCCGCCUUUGGCUGCUGCCCCCGAGACCCACGGCCGGAUAAGCGUUAGAAGACGCCUUGGAGCCACUAUUUUGAGAAUCUAAUGCAUUGUGAAAGUAAUGCAGUUGUUGUAUUGAAGUGAAAAUAUCGAACUUCCUGUUGAUUUUUGCUAAAGUAUGUUAAUUAUUAAAAUUUAGGUCUAAGUGAGA